AUGACGUCGGAAAAUAGGCCCGGUCACCUCGCCCACCAUGGAGACACAUCCAACUCCCAGAACGUCCCACAGGGGCGAGAGUCGAACUCAUAUACGCCGCCCGCGACCGCUGUCCAGCAGGAUGUGUUUCCCGACUCCACCGGCUCUACCACAGAGCCAUUAUCGCUGCCUGAGCAUUCAUCUACAGGCAUACAAUCGCAUAACCGAAGCAGAUCACGAUCGAGGUCAAACUCCCGUAAGCUUUCGAUAGGACGGUUUUUCAGUUUUGGACAGGACUCUGCGCAAUCAAAGACCUACGUGCCUGAGCAAAUCACAACUCCAGCUAUUGAUGAAUCGUCCGCCAACCAUAUCCAAACUCCACCAACAACGAGCGACGAGGCACAUCAGGAUUAUUUCAAUCUGAAUGUCUCCCACGGAGAGCUAGACGAUGAUGAGAUUACAAAGAACAGCGCAUUAACCAAAAUCAAAAAGAUUUUCCGUUUCAACUCCGUCGCCGACCACGAAGACUUGCAUCCUGCUCAGGAAGGACCGGUAGUAGAAAAUGAAGAGGAAGAACGUCAAGAAAGCAACGGCAACUCGCUUAUGAAGAAAUUUCGCCGCAUAAGGUCACCCUCCAGCCCGGUUCAACCGUAUUCUGUGCCGUCGAUCUCACUCACCGCAGCCUCCGAAGAAUGCGAUAUUGCAGAACAGGACUACAUCAACCCUGUCGACGAUUUUCAGGUCAAGUUGAAGCAUGAUUAUUCUGUAAAUAACUCGACAACCACACUGUACAAUGGAUCCACAGAGGAGGAAGUGAGUGAGCCGCUUGACAAGGAGCCACAAGAGCCGAAGGAGUUCAAGGAGCCGACUCCUCCAAGUUCGAAAUCUCUGUCAAUCCAAAAAAAGUUGAAACGGGUUGCUUCUGCCCCGCUUGGACUCAAACAGCUCGUUGAUACCAAUGCAGCGCCUGCCUCCGCCCCGGAGAUAAACGACAUAUCGAAACACAUAGGUGAGAUCAAGGUCACAAACUCCAGCGGUUCUAGGUCACCAGGAAGCUCCGGAAGAAACUAUUCGAGCACAGGAAUAAAAGUGUCCAAUGUAGAAGUGACACCGCAGUCAUUUGAGAAGCUGAAGCUUCUGGGUAAAGGAGAUGUUGGAAAAGUCUAUCUGGUGAGAGAAAAGUCGAACAAAAAAUUAUAUGCGAUGAAGAUUCUGAACAAGAAGGAAAUGGUUGAGCGUAAUAAGAUCAAAAGGGUACUAGCAGAACAGGAAAUAUUGGCAACAGCAUGCCAUCCAUUCAUAGUUACGCUGUACCAUUCAUUCCAGUCAGAAGACCAUCUUUAUUUGUGCAUGGAAUAUUGUAUGGGAGGAGAGUUCUUCAGAGCACUACAGACACGCAAAAUGAAAUGCAUUUCCGAGGCCGAUGCAAGGUUUUAUGCUUCUGAAGUUGUUGCUGCGCUGGAGUAUUUGCAUUUGAUGGGAUUUAUCUACAGAGACCUAAAACCAGAAAACAUUCUUUUGCAUCAGUCGGGACACAUCAUGUUGAGCGAUUUUGACCUGUCGAAACAAACUGAUCACAUUAAGAGACCCGAACUAGUCUCUUCACACAAGUCGGCUACCAAUCUUCCUCAGCUGGACACGAACGCUUGCAUCAACGGCUUUAGAACUAACUCUUUUGUCGGCACAGAGGAAUAUAUUGCACCUGAGGUCAUUUGGGGCAAAGGCCACACUGCUGCUGUUGACUGGUGGACCCUGGGAAUAUUCAUCUACGAAAUGAUUUAUGGUAUAACGCCGUUCAAAGGGUCUACUCGAAACCAGACGUUUUCUAACAUUCUGAAAAAUGAGGUUCAGUUUCCUGACUACAACUCUGUUUCUAGCAGCUGUCGCAACUUGAUAAAGAAACUUCUUAUCAAGGAUGAGACAAAGCGGUUGGGCUCACGUAGUGGAGCAUCGGAGAUCAAAACACACCCAUUUUUCAAGAACGUUCAAUGGGCCCUUCUCAGGAACCAGAAACCACCAAUGAUCCCUGUUUUCACGCAAAAGAAGAGUCGUCGCGACAAGGAGGGUAAGACAACGCAGGGCUCUAUUGGCACAUUGAAGUCGAAGCGCAAGACUUCUUCGUCUCCAGCCCAUUCAAGCAAUACCCCAGACCCAUUUGAAAACUUCAGCUCGGUUACGAUUCACCAUAAUGACGAUAGCAAUGUGAUGCGGUUUGAAGGCACAGAGUUGGGAGAUAUUUCCUACACGCUUACAAAGCCCGACAACGUCAGCAGCAGACGGUUCCUGAAAAUGUGA